GAUCUCCCCCCCCCCCCUCCCUGCUGCUGCCGCUGCCGCUGCUGCUGCUACGCCCAAGGAGGGAGGAGCGGAGCUGACCGGCUGCGAUGGAGACCGCGGGGACGGGGACGGGGACGCCGCCGCCAGGGAGCAGCGCGGGGCGCAAGAGGAUCCCCGCCCGGGAGAGGCCCACGGCCGAGGACGAGGCCCUCAACCUGAUCGCUCGCGAGGGAGAAGCAAGACUUGCGGCAAAGCGUGCGGCACGAGCUGAAGCACGGGAAAUUAGGAUGAAAGAACUCGAGAAGCAACAGAAGGAGGUUGAAGAAAGGCCUGAAAAAGACUUUGAGAAGGGAAUCCAAACUGCAUCAAGCUUGUCAGCAGCUACCUUGGCCUCCCUAGGUGGAACCUUCUCUCGCAGAGGCAGUGGGGAUACCUCUAUCUCAACUGAUACGGAAGCAUCUGUUAGAGAAAUUAAGGACUCUUCUGAUGAAGUUGAAGAAAAAUAUAAGAAAGCUAUGGUUUCAAAUGCUCAAUUAGAUAAUGAGAAAACAAAUUUUAUGUACCAAGUAGAAACCCUACAGGAUGCAUUAUUGGAACUAGAGGAGCAGCUUGCAGAAUCUAAGAGGCAAUUUGAAGAAAAAAACAAAGAUUUUGAGAGGGAAAAACAUGCUCAUGCUACAUUGAAAUUCCAGUUCAUGGAACUCAAAGAGGCUCUGAAACAAAAAGAAGAACUGCUUGCUGAAAUCCGACAACUGCAACAAAAACAAGAGGGUUUUGUCAGUGAAAUAACUGAUCUUCAAGAGACAAUAGAAUGGAAAGAAAAAAAGAUAGGGCAAUCUGGAACAAUCACCAAUUUAGGAAUGGCUACCAAUGGAGAAAUCUCUGAUUGUGUUGCUGCUAAGGAUGGACUAUCAAAUUCUUCCAAGGUUGUUUCAGAGCCAAGUCAGGCCUUUAAAGUACCUGAGGAUUGUACAGAAGGCAGAGAAAAUGAAGUGGAGAUGGAAAAUGAGAUUUUGGAGAAUAUGGGGAAAAAGGAAAUCUUGCAGAAUUCUGAGCAUGAGGAAAACACAGAGGACACUAAGGAUCAGGAAAUCAUUCUCAAAUGUUUGGAAAUAAAGACAUUGCCUGCUGAUGAAAAUGUAGAGACUAAGAAAAUCACUGAAGCCAAAAUUACAUCAACACUGAAAUCAAAUAGUGGACUUGAUCCUGUAAAAAGUUACUCAGAAUGUACCCAAGAAAUUGUUUCACUUGAAAAAAGCUGUUCAGGUGAAUUAAAAGUUGAAGGGGCUUCACCAAGUCAUAUUUUAGAAGAGAAAGUGUCUGAUGGAAAUAUAAAUGUAACUCAUAAUCAAAAUUAUAUGGCAGAUCCAAGUAUUGAGAUCAAUCAAGAAAUACAUGCCAAUUUAGAAAUAGUUUCACAACAGGAAAAUAAAAAAAAACAAAUAGAUAUUGUAGUUGAUGAGUCAGAAGGGAAUAGUGAAGUAUUUUGGGAAGCUUUAGAUUUUAUAAAUAAUAGCCACAUGGCAAUUUCUACUUCACCAGAAUUGGAAGAUGCUAUCCUUAUGAAAGCCCCCAGUAUUGAUCUUAAUAGCGAACAAUCAAAAAACGGAGUUGUUGAGGGAGAUUUAAACAGAGAAUUUCUUAAAAAUGAACAAAAUUCUUCCAUAAAUGCUGUAACAAAAGGGCCAAAAAUAGAAAUGUGUGAAACGAAUGAAGAGAACGAGGCACAAAGUAUGAUAGUGCAGCAGGAGGACCAAAGAGUAGAUUUUGCAGAAGAAGAAGAAGAAAAAACAUUGUGUCUUACAAAAGCUACUUUGAAUGAGUCUGGAGAGGAACAAGAACAAGUUAAAAUUGAAGAAAUCCAGUCCCUACCUUCAGAACAUGAUGCAGUUGUUGAGAAACAAAAUGAGGAAGAGUUGGGAGCAAAUAAAGAAAACGUUGAAGAUAUGGAGGCAUUAAAUGCUUAUUUAGAUUUUGAGGGAAAGAACGAGGAACCUGCCGUGAAAGAUCUUCCUGCAGAAGGAGCUGUUGUAGGUUAUAUAAAUCAAAGCAAAUGCCAGGCCCAGGAAGAAACAGAGGCAAACAGAGAUAAUGAUUCCAGCUGUAAUAUAAAAUCAGCUUGCACAGCUGGGUCUCUGGCUGAUAGUGAUAUAAUAAAUAAAGAAGUUGCUGGCAGUCAUAAAGAAGUUUUACCUGCAGGGAAACAAAGUGUAGAUAAAGAAGGCAAUCCCGUUGAGUCUGCUGUAACUGCAACUACAAUGGAAGGGGAUACUGAAGAAGCAGGUAAAAACGGCAGGCAGCUGCAUGAAGAAAUCCACAGUAUUAUUGUGCCAGAUGUUGGGGAGGUUGUUUGUGCUGAAAAACAGAAGACUGGAUUCAUUGAAGAAAACAAGCCUGAGAGUGAAGGAAUAAUUGCAGAAGAAUAUCAUGAAGCCUUAGAUGUUGGUGUGGAUGCUUCUUUUGGAGAAUUGAAAAUUUCUGAAAAGGGAGGUGGCCAUUCUAAUAAAGAUAAGGAAAAGGUUUUAAAGGGCAGCUUAAUCUCAUCAGAUGAAGAAGUUGCACCUGAGGCCUUUGUGAAAGAAAGUGAGAGUAUUCAGCAGCUGAAAGAACAUAGAUUUGAAGAAGUCAAAUUUGUGCAGAGUGAUGUAUCUGUUUCUGAAACAACAAAGUCACAGUGUGGACAGCUGGAAGAGGAAAGUAAAUUGUUGGAUGAAAUCCGCUCAGUACAAAUUGCUGAUUAUACAUCAGAACAGUUGGAAAACCCGGAGAGCGAUGUGGAUGAAAGUCAAGAGGAAGCACAAAGGAAUAAGAAGGGGAAAGGUAAAUCUCGGGAAGACUGCAUUAUCUCCUAAACUCAGGGAUCUCGGGAUCAUUGCUCCACGUCAUUCACCUGGCAUCUGUUAAAGAACGAAAAUACAAAACACAAAAAAAGGUCAAAAUUUGAAAGAUUUUGAAUUAAUGUCAUACUUUAAAUAAUGCAAAGUAGUCAAUCAUGUAUGUAGGUGGAGGCUACCUUUUUUGCCAAGUUUCUUGUCAAGUUUAAUUACAGUCUAGCUAUUCUCCCAAUUCCCAAUAAGCUGUUUCUUAACAUUCCAUCAAACGCAGCUUUUGUCCUCUUGAGAACUUUAAUGAAUGCUAGGAUUGGAAAAUUCUUGGGAAUGAAUAAGGGAUGCAUGUUAGUUUUUGAUAAAAUGUCACUGGUCUGUUACAUUUUUAUUUGAUUUCAAGUUAUUAUAUAAAACUUUAGCUUCAAUACUGUUAUACUUUAUGAACAAAAAGGCAAGAUCAAACUGAAUGAACGACAAUAAUGAAAUUAUGACAAUUUUAGAGAAGUAGCAAGUUUUUGCUGUGUAUGUUUCCCUCACUUCAAAUUUCUGUUGCAAAGAUGUAGACAUAAAGCAAGAACUACUUAACAGUAAAAAUCAUGUACUAAGAAUCAUUCAGUCACAUCCAAUUCAGUCCUUUCUUACCAAAUCAAGCUCUUGUUGGAUUUAACUUAAUAUCUCUGCAAUUGAUACAUAAAGAUCAAAAUGCUCUUGAUCCAAUUUAGUAUUGUAGUUUUGUCUCUCUUCCUGUUUCUUUCACUGUAAUCUAUGUAGGUUUAUGUAUAAUAAAAACUUUCAGUUCGCUUUAUAUUUAGUCUUUGUAUUAAGUAAUAUUUACUGCAAAUUGUAAUCUAUUUACUUAAAAGAAACUACAUUUGUUCUCUGCAUUGCCUUGCAAAGAAAUAGAUAUUGAAAGUAGAAUGUAAAUCAAUAU